AUGACGCCCAGGCGUUCACGGCAACAACGACAGUUCACGCAAGUUUCAACAGCCUCCAAAUGUAAUAGCUACCGCGAUCGACAUCAUGAAGAAGAAUGCUUAAAACUAUUUGAAUCGUGUAAAAAAGGUGAUUUGUCAAUCUUAUUGCAAUUGCUUAAACCUGGAAUAGUAAAUCAGCCUGAUCUAAACAAUCGCCAUUCAUCGCCGUUACAUUAUGCAGCCGGUUUCGGGAGAGUAGAUUGUGUUCGAGCAUUACUUGCUGCUGGUGCAAGUGUAAGCCAAACCGAUGAUAAUGGUUUGGUUCCGUUGCAUAAUGCUUCCUCAUUUGGUCAUGUUUAUGUGGUGAAAAUUUUGUUGGAAAAUGGUGCUGACGCAAACAUUAGCGAUCACUGGGGAUUUACGCCACUUCAUGAAGCAGCUGCGUGGGGAAAAGCUGAUGUUUGCGUCCUCUUGUUGCAGCAUGGUGCUUUAGCACGGAGUGAAAAUUCGGAUGGUAAAACACCACAAGAUUUAGCUCACGGUGAUGCUAAAGCUGUUUUUACAGGUGACUAUAAAAAAGAAGAGUUAUUAGAAGCAGCAAGGAAUGGAGAUGAGGAAAUCCUGCUUUCUUGUUUAACACCUUUCAAUGUUAACUGUCAUGCUGUUACCGGGCGAAAGUCAACACCUUUACAUUUGGCUUGUGGUUAUAAUCGAGUAAGAGCUGUUAAAAUCUUGUUAGAAAAGGGUGCCGACGUUCAGGCUGUAGAUGUUGGGGGCUUGGUACCACUUCAUAAUGCGUCUUCAUUUGGACAUUUGGAAGUGGUCAAUCUAUUGUUGGAAGCAGGCGCCGAUUCACAAGCCGAAGAUUUAUGGAAUUUCACACCACUUCAUGAAUCUGCGAGUAAAGGACGUUUAGAGGUGGUGAAAUUACUGGUAGCUAGUGGAGCUGAUCCAACACGUAAAAUUGGCAAUGCAAAAGCACCUAUCGAAUAUAUAACUGAUGAAGAUGCUAAAAAAGAAGUGCUUCAUGAAUAUGCAGGUUAUAAAAUUUAUAUGGCAGCGCAAAUCGGUGAUGUUCUUAUGUUGAAAAACUUGCUAAGCGAUCGAGAUCCCAAUUAUGUACAUCCUUCUCUGAAAGAAACUCCACUACAUGCAGUUGCAAGCUCAGCUCAUCAGAGAAAAAAAAUAAUUGCUGAAAUGCUUUUGAAAAAUGGCUGUCCUACAGGUGUCCUGAACAGAGAUGGUUUGUCUCCACUGCAUAUUGCGACAAAAAUGUGUUCAUAUGAUGUAUUGGAAGUACUAGUAAAUUACGGAGUUAAUAUUAGUGAACUAAAUAGCUGUGGUCAGACAGCGCUCCAUAUUGCAGCCGAAAAAGGAGAUCUUGAUUUGUGCAAACGACUGCUAAAUUACGGCUUACCAUUCGAUCUGAGGGAUAACGAACAAAAAACAGCAGCUGACGUUGCAGGAAAUAUUGAAAUUAGAGAUUUAAUCAAUCGUUGGAGUCUAGAAAAAACAAACACCAUAGAAAAACGCUGCAAAGGAAACAAAAAUAUAAAAUGUGGUAAGCGAAGGGAAGGGUGUAAAUACUGUCCUGAAAGCCGAAAUCGUGGCAAUGGUUCUGGAAGUAGUGAGCUUGAAGCACCAGAAGUGCACUGCAAUGUUACGAGACAUUCACAAGAAUUAGAUCUACUAGAUGCUGCAAGAUGCGGUGAUCUUUGUACAAUAAAGCGUAUAAUUGAAAGUUGUGGGACAAAAAUAAUAAACUGUAAAGAUUUUGACGGUCGUGAAUCAACACCCUUACAUUUUGCUGCUGGAUAUAAUCGCGUAGAAGUAUUGAAGUAUUUACUGGAAAAGGGCGCUAAUGUUGAAGCAAGAGACACAGGUUGGUUGGUUCCGCUGCAUAAUGCGUGUGCAUACGGUCACUUGGUUGUUGCAGAAUUACUUGUAAAGCAUGGCGCUAAUUUAAAUGCCAUCGAUAAGUGGGGCUAUACUCCUUUGCACGAAGCUGCUUUGAAAGGGAAGUUUGAUGUCUGUAAACUUCUUCUGCUUAGUGGUGCUGACCAGAAACAUAAAGGGCGCGAUGGAAAGACUCCGUUGGAUGUUGUAAAGGAAGGAGCGGAAGAUGUAUAUAAUCUGCUGCGCGGUGAUGAAGCGGUGCUUGAGGCAGCUAAAGAAGGUGAUGUUGAAAAAAUUCGGAAAAUUAUUAUUCCAGCGACUAUCAAUUGUCGUGAUGUUCGAGGACGUUUUUCAACACCGCUGCAUUUGGCCGCUGGCUAUAACAAUUUGGAAGUUGCGCGAUUUCUGCUUGAAAAUGGUGCAGAAGUUAAUUUGAAAGAUAAAGGUGGUCUGAUACCGUUACAUAAUGCGAGCAGUUUUGGACAUCUGGAGAUUGCCGGGUUAUUAAUUGAAUAUGGGGCUGAAGUGAAUCACCCUGAUAAAUGGGGAUACACUCCUCUGCAUGAAGCUGCCCAAAAAGGUCGUACCCAGAUUUGUUCACUGCUUUUAAAUAACGGUGCAGAUGUUACAUUGAAAAAUAACGAAGGUUUUACUGCAUUGGAUAUCACUGUUACUGAAGACACGAAAGAGCUGUUAAUGAGUGCAAUGCCGGUUGAUCUGAAAAAAUUACCAGCUGUCCACAUUGCGGGUGACGCAGAUGGAUCAGUGAUUGAUUUACCAAUUCCAUCUUUUGUGCAGAAGAUUCCAAAAAAUGCAGCUGAUGACAUGCAAUUAGGAGUGGCAAAUUGUUCGAGACAAGAUAUAAGUUUAGAAAAUGAAAAAGUAGAGUGUAACGAGUAUGAAACAAAGUUUUCUAUGGAUGAGUAUUUGCAAUCGAUUGGUCUUAGUUCUCUGUUGAAUCUCUUUGCUAAGGAAAAAAUUACACUGGAUGUUCUGUCCAUAAUGACGCACGAUGAUUUGAAAGCUAUCGGUAUUGAUGCUUUUGGAACCCGAUUUCGAUUGCUUAAGAAUAUUGAAAAAUGGGUACGAAAAAAUAACGAAAAUAGAAAUUCGCCGAAUAAUAUCGGUAUACCACUAUCGAUAGGCACAGUGCUGGUACAAAUUGAGCGUUCAAAUGAAAUCUUCCAACAGAUCGAAGAAGGACUGAAUUCUACAAUUGUACCACACCGAGAUCUUGGUUUGGGCGGAACAUACACCAAGUUUGAAGUGGUUGAAAUACAAAAGAUUAUUAACAGAAAAGUUUAUGAAAGGUAUAUGCGACGUCGUGGAGAUAUAGCGGAAGAGAAUUGUGGUGAACAUAACGAGAAAGUUUUGUAUCAUGGGUCACCAUUUAUACACUCCAUUGUACAGAAAGGUUUUGAUGAAAGGUAUUCAUAUAUGGGUGGUAUGUUUGGUGCUGGUAUUUAUUUUGCGGAACAUUCGAGCAAAAGUAAUCAAUAUGUAUUUGGUAUGGCAGGCAAUGGUUGCAGUCUUCAUCAUGAUCGUUCUUGUUAUAUCUGUGUACGACAUUUAUUACUUUGUCGAGUAACGUUAGGAAGAUGCUUUAUACAGAGUUCCUGUAACAAAAUGGCACACUCACCGCCUGGUCAUCAUUCAGUAAUGGGACAACCUCGUGCAGGUGGUCUAAAUUAUCCGGAAUAUGUCAUAUAUAGAGGAGAGCAAGCCUAUCCGGAAUAUGUGAUUGUUUAUCGAAUAGUUAACGAUGAUCUAGGACCUGCUUUUUGA